AAUUAAAUCGGAAAAAUGUAUGAAUUAUAUAAGUUAUAUAACUUCACUUUCUACUUUUCAGCUUCAAGAGAAGCGUCUCCUAUCAGAUUUGGAUCUAUAAAUGAUUCUAGUUUAGGAUCUAGCCCAUCUGUAUCUCCAGAGAAUCCAGUUGAUGACUCUGAUAGAAGUGAUGAUGAGUAUAUUGAUACAAUUGAGAAUCCUGAGCCUCGCAAACCUGUUACAAGUUACAUAUCAAGUGAAGUUAUUCCUAAUGGAUACAUUCAAGGUGCUCAAAGUCAUCAUGUAUCAAGAGCAAGAACUAGGUCAUUUUCCAAUGUAGAUAUAUCACAAGAAAUUUCCAGGGCAGUGCAGAGUUUGAAAAACGACAUUGAGAGGUUAACAAAUAAGGUCACCUCUCUUGAAAAUGACAAUAGGAACAUGGUGGCUUUGAGGAGGAAAGGAAAUUUUCAAGGCAUGUCGACCCAGCUCAUCAUAUUUAUUAUAACCUGGCCAUUUGUUGCACACUACAUAAUGAGCAAGUUUCUGAGUAGGCGAAAUUAAAACUUGGGUAGAUUAUGUUUUAUCACAGUUGAUUACCUUAAGUGAAAAAUAUGGGAUGAUUGUUGUAAUUUUUAACUUGAUCUUGGUGAUUUUUCUAUUUUUAAGGUGAUGUGUAGGUGUGUGUGUAUAGUUGUCGAAAUGGUCUGAAAUGUUUUUGUUAUGUAUAUAUAUAAAGUUUUAUAUCUUAUGGUUUGGAAUAAUUACAUAGUGAAAAAUAA